GGAGGGGCCCGGGGGCGGCAGCGGAGCCCGAUCCUGCGGCCGCAGCCCCGCGGGACCAUGCCGGUGAUGAAGGGGCUGCUGGCGCCGCAGAACACGUUCCUGGACACCAUCGCCACCCGCUUCGAUGGCACACACAGCAACUUCAUCCUGGCCAACGCGCAGGUCCGCUGCGGCUUCCCCAUCGUCUACUGCUCCGACGGCUUCUGCGACCUCACCGGCUUCGCCCGCACCGAGGUCAUGCAGAAGAACUGCAGCUGCCGGUUCCUCUACGGGGCCGAGACCAGCGAGCCCGUGCUGCAGCGCAUCGAGAAGGUGCUGGACGGCAGGCAGGAGUACCAGACCGAGGUCUGCUUCUACAAGAAGGGUGGAGCUGCCUUCUGGUGCCUGCUGGACAUCAUGCCCAUCAAGAACGAGAAGGGGGAGGUGGUGCUCUUCCUCUUCUCCUUCAAGGACAUCACAGAGAGCCGGGGCAGGAGCCACGGGGGGGACAAGAAGGAGGAGAAGCAGAGGAGCAAGAGGCCCGGGAGCUCUCACCUGCGGGCAGCGCGCAGGCAGGGCCGGACCGUGCUGCACCGCCUCAGCAGCCAGUUUGCCCGGAGGGACCGCAGCGAGAUGAAAAUCAACCGUAACGUGUUUGAGAACAAGCUGUCCAUCCCCGAGUACAAAGUGGCCGCAGUGCAGAAGUCCCGCUUCAUCCUGCUCCACUACAGCAUCUUCAAGGCCCUCUGGGACUGGCUGAUCCUGCUGGCCACCUUCUACGUGGCCAUCACCGUGCCCUACAACGUCUGCUUCACGGGCACAGAGGAGAACCUCUCGGCUGCCCGCAGCACCAUUGUCAGUGACAUCGCUGUGGAGAUGCUCUUCAUCCUGGACAUCAUCCUGAACUUCCGGACCACGUACGUGAGCCGGUCAGGGCAGGUGGUGUACGAGCCCCGCUCCAUCUGCAUCCAUUACGUGGCCACCUGGUUCUUCGUGGACCUGAUUGCUGCUCUGCCCUUCGAUCUGCUCUACAUCUUCAAUGUGACCGUGACCUCGCUGGUUCACCUGCUCAAGACGGUGCGGCUGCUGCGGCUGCUGCGGCUGCUGCAGAAGCUGGACCGCUACUCGCAGUACAGCGCCAUGGUGCUCACGCUGCUCAUGUCCAUGUUCGCGCUGCUGGCCCACUGGAUGGCCUGCAUCUGGUACGUCAUCGGGCGCAAGGAGAUGGAGAGCAACGACCCCCAGACCUGGGACAUCGGCUGGCUCCAUGAGCUGGGCAAGAGGCUGGAGGCUCCCUACAUCAACAGCUCACUGGGGGGCCCCUCCAUCCGCAGCGCCUACAUCGCCUCCCUCUACUUCACCCUCAGCAGCCUGACCAGCGUGGGCUUCGGCAAUGUCUGCGCCAACACCGAUGCUGAGAAGAUCUUCUCCAUCUGCACCAUGCUCAUUGGGGCACUGAUGCACGCCGUGGUCUUCGGCAACGUCACGGCCAUCAUCCAGCGCAUGUACUCGCGCCGCUCGCUCUAUCACACCCGCAUGAAGGACCUCAAGGACUUCAUCCGUGUCCACCACCUGCCCCAGCAGCUCAAGCAGCGGAUGCUGGAGUACUUCCAGACCACCUGGUCGGUGAACAACGGCAUUGAUGCCAACGAGCUACUGCACAACUUCCCCGACGAGCUGCGUGCGGACGUGGCCAUGCACCUCCACAAGGACAUCCUGCAGCUGCCCGUGUUUGAGACCGCGAGCCGCGGCUGCCUCCGCUCCCUCUCGCUCCACAUCAAGACCUCGUUCUGCGCCCCCGGGGAGUACCUGCUGCGCCAGGGCGACGCUCUGCAGGCCAACUACUUCGUCUGCUCUGGCUCCCUCGAGGUGCUGAAGGACAACGUGGUUCUGGCCAUCCUGGGCAAAGGGGAUUUGAUAGGAGCCGACCUGUGCAGCACCGACCGGGUGAUCAAGACCAACGCAGAUGUGAAGGCGCUGACUUACUGCGACCUGCAGCACAUCGGGCUGCGGGGGCUCUGCGAGGUGCUGCAGCUCUACCCCGAGUAUGCCAGCAAGUUCACGGCCGACAUCCACCAGGACCUGACCUUCAACCUGCGGGAGGGCAGCGAGAUGGAGGGGCUCUGCCGCUACUCCCGGUCCCCGCGGCUGCCGAAGGCUCCGCAGCCUCGUCCGGAGAGCGGUGCCGCCACGGGGAAGCCCCUUCCCUCCGUCCUGGAGGACGAGGAGGAGCCGGACGAGGUCUUGCAGCGCUCCCCCGCCACCACCGCCCGCCGCAAGCUGCUGCUGCCGCAGCUGAGCAGCCCGGCCCGGCGCGGCUCCCCCGGCAGCCUCCUGGGCGAUGAGCUGUGCCAGGUCUCAGCCCUGCGGCGCUGCAGCCGGGGCCGCAGCCCCUCUCCGCAGUGCCGGCGGGAGCAGGAGGGCAGCGCGGGCCGGAGGCCGCCCAAGCUCCUCAUCCCCUCCCUGCACACCUGCGGCCCCCCGGAGCUCAGCCCCAGAGUUGUGGAUGGCAUUGAAGACAACGGGAGGCCGUCGGAGCCGCAAACCUUCUGCUUCAACGUGGACCGUCCGCUGCCGAGGACGGGGAGGGACUCCCCUAGCUCAGGGACCAAUGCGUGCAGCCCAGCCCUGGCGCUGGAAGCAGAGGAGAUAAAGCAGAACAUCAUGAGGCUCAACCAGGAGAUCAACCACCUCAACCAGGAGGUUUCCCACCUCAGCCGGGAGCUGCAGCGCAUGAUGGAGCUGCUCCAGAGCCGCCUGGGCACCCCGCAGCCCCCCGCCUGCCCCUACCGCCUGCCCCCUGCAGCCCCUCGGCCCCUAUCGCCCCCGGUGCCCCCUUCUCCGCCCCCCGCUGCCCCCAGCUCCCGCAGCUCCCCCUGCGCCAGCCCCCCGGCCAUACGCUGCCCCGUCCGCAGCCGCUCGGCCCACGCUGGUGCCAGCCCCGCUGCGCAUCCCUGGCUGGGGCCGUGCCCGCCGCGGGGGGAACCCCCCAGCCCUGAGCCCCGCCGCACUCCGGACUCGCCGCCCUUCGCGCUGCCGCCCCGCUUUGCCCACUCCUUCCCCGGCUGCUCGGCCGGGGGCCGGGCCCGCAUCCACCCUCAGCCCCGCUCCGGCUCCUCCAGCUCCCACUGACCCCGCGGGCUCCGGGGUGGCGGCGGGGGGGACCUCGCCAUGGGGACCCCUUCGCAGCGGUC